CACGUGAAACUAAAUAUACACCAGUGUAAUAAUUAACAAAUACUUUAUAUUUUCCAACUAUAUCGCAUGUUAUAUCAAUAACAACAAUGUCAAGCACCAGGUUGACCAUACUGUUUGCGCCAUUGGAGUACCAUGGUCACGUGAACGCGUGUCACGGCAUCGCCGAGCGGCUCCGGGACAGAGGGCACCGCAUUGUGUUCGCCAUCGACAGCCUAUUUGAGGGCAAACUGCGAGCGCACGGCUUCGAGGAGCAGCUCCUGUCACUGCCCGACCACUUGCAAGACGAUGAGAGCGAAGUGGAGUUCAUUAACCGUAACCACGAUCUGUUCAAAGCGGACCCGUUGACAGUGGCCGACAAGUUCAUAGCCUAUGGCUUUCAUAUAUUUCUCCGCAAUCUCAAGGCUAUUGACGCUCAGUAUCGCCAGAUUCUGGCCAAAGUGAGGCCCCAUUUGAUUGCCAUCGACUCGUAUAUGGGGUCCCCGGCUCUCAUCGGCUCCGGUAUACCCUUUAUACUCAUCUAUUCGGCCGCACCUCUCAUGCUGUUCAAUGACCACCGAUUGCCCCCUCCCUGGUCUGGGUUUGGUAUGAAUUCAGACAAGACUUCGUGGACAGCGUUCAGAGACCGGUUCGAAGAGAUGUUUGCGGACGUGAAACGGGACACAAACGCGUGGUUCGCGGCGGAGGGCAUCGGUCAACUGCCCGCCAGCGGCUCCAACAGUCUCCUACACCCGGAGUCCCGGUAUCUCAACGUUUACAUGUAUCCCAAAGAACUGGACUAUCACUCGGAGACCCAAUCGCUGGCCCCGAACUGGAAACGAGUGGACGGUUUCGUGCGGACCACUGGCGAGACAUUUACAAUACCGGAGUCGUUGGCCGAGCGGUCGGGCAAACUGGUCAUGUUGUCGAUGGGCUCUAUCGGGUGCGCUCUGUUGGACCUUAUGGUACGGUUGACCACAAUUCUGGCCAAAUCCGAGCACCGGUUUAUUGUAACCAAAGGCCCCCUUCACGACCAGUACGAGUUGCCCGACAAUAUGUACGGCCAGCCAUUUUUGCCCCAGACCGCUGUGUUGCCCAUGAUCGAUUUGGUGAUCACCCAUGGUGGCAAUAAUACGGUGACCGAGUGUUUUUAUUACGGCAAACCCAUGUUAGUUAUGCCACUAUUCGCCGACCAGUUGGACAACGCCCAGCGUAUCCGCGAGACGGGUCUCGGCCUCACUUUAAACCCGUUCUUCUGCACAGAGGAUCAGUUGCUGAAGACUGUGGACACGAUUGUCAAUGACUUAUCAUUGGCUGAAAUGAUGGCACUGAUUGGUGAGAGGAUCAGAUCCACCGAUGAUAAGAGUGUUAUCGCGGAUAUUAUUGAAGAUAUUUGUGUCAAUAAAAAGUGAUUUAUUAUUAUUUUUUUAAUAAACAAAUUAUGAUUACUUUAUUCAAAGUACGAG